CCUGCGUCAGCACUGGGUAAACAGAUGACUGGCCGCGCGCCGGGCGGGGCUAUUUAAGAGGCAGCCGCCCUCCAGUCGGCCCCGAACUUGGCUGGACUGCAGCCUGCUCUGCUGGGAACCGCCAAGCCAGCUGAUUCCCCCGCCAAAGCUGGGAAGAUUUCCUGAAGUCAGAAAUAACCGCUCUGGAUCUUAAGAUGAGCCUGGCCAUGAAGAGCGGCGUGUGUCUGUGCGUCCUGAUGGCAGUCCUGGCCGCAGGCGCCCUGACGCAGCCAGUGGCACCGGCAGAAGCCGGGGACUCCGCGGUGCAGCGGGCCGAGGAAGCGCCCCGAAGGCAGCUGAGGGCGGUGCUCAGGACGGACGGCGAGCCCAGAGCGCGCCUGGGCGCACUGUUAGCGCGAUACAUGCAGCAGGCCCGCAGAGCUCCUUCCGGCCGCAUGUCUGUUCUUAAGUCCCUGCAGAGCCUGGACCCCAGCCACAGGAUAAGUGACCGGGACUACAUGGGCUGGAUGGAUUUUGGCCGGCGAAGCGCCGAGGACUACGAGUACCCGUCCUAGAAAAACAGUCAUGCAUCACAACCCCUUGCCUCUGCUGUCUGACGUUUUGAGCAUCUAUUUAUUAAGCCCCCAGUGUGAAACCUGUCUGUCCAGAGCGUGCAGUGCGGCCCAGCCACACACCUCAGCGCAGCUGGAGGCUGAAGGCAGUGUUCUCCUCCAGUGAAUCCCAGACCUAAUGUUGUUGCUAUGCUAUUAAAGAGAUUUCCCUCUGCCCCUCA